AAAGUCAUCCCCAAGCUCACGAAACCAUCCGUCAGCAAUGUUACUUCCUUUCGUGUUGUAACACCCGACCUUCCGGGCUAUAGCUUCUCACCAGCUCCCAGAGCUCCUGGGCUAAAUGCUACCUUGCAUGCUGUAGAAUUUGCAAAUCUUAUAGAACAGUUGGGCUAUGAAAAACUUGUACUCUACAGCACAGAACUUAGAGCCUCCAUCGGUCUCACAAUGGUGAGCAAGUACGAAAGCCGCAACACACACCACUUCUGCGAUAUGCUUUGUUUGGUACCAAACGAGAACGACCUUGCGCGCUAUGCUGCGAACCAGACUACAAAAGAAGAGUCGGAAUUCAUCCUAUCCAUACAGGCCUUUUUCAAUCAACACUCGGCUUAUGCAAGCAUCCACUCAAGCUACCCUCUUUCAAUUGCGUACGCGCUCAACGACAACCCCGUCGGCUUUUUAGCCUGGAUGUACCAACUUCUUCACACUUCCAGUGACAUUGCUUAUACAAAGGAAGACAUCAUCAGACAAGCCUUCUUACCUUACGUUCCUGGCUUUUACGGCAGUACCAGGAGUUACAAAGAGCUAUUUGACGGCGCCAUAUUUGCACCCGCGAAAAGAUCACCGGUGCCGACAAGCGCUCUACAGUUCAAACUUCGGGGCGACCCAAUGUUUGCCUACCCAGAGAUGGAGUACUUCAGCUUUACAGCAAGUGGGGCAUUCAUGAGUCUUGAUCCAUCAAGAUGUCCCCUAACUUCGCUGAAAAGAUUCCACAAUACCACAGAUCUAGCACGUUACAACGAAGGUGGGAGUUUCACUGCCAAGAGCGUACCACAUCUUGUGGUCAAGGAGAUUAGGGCGGUAUUUGCCUCUUAG